AUGGAGGGGCCCCCAGGGUUGGACUUGCACGAGGAGACCGAGGCCCUGAGGGCUCAGUAUCUGCAGCAACUGGAGAAGGGCAUGCUCUUCCCAAAACUGCAGUUUGAGCUUGCCUCUCUGCUUAGCUGCUCCCCAAGGAAGGCGAACCUCCGUGAAGCCACAGAUCUCCUCACAGAGCUUUUGGAUAUUGGAUUUUCAAGAACGGAUUGCCUUUUUCAGCUGGCCUUAGUGCAUCUGAAGCUUGGGGAAUACUCCCUAGCAAAGCGCAGAGUUGAAACUCUCCUAAGGAUGGGGUUGGUUGGAAUCAAGGAGCCCCGCAAUUUAUCUGCUCUCUCUCUACACAGCCUUAUCCUCGACCGCGCAUCUCAUGACGGCGUGAUCGGCUCGUUACUUAUCGGUGUACUAGCAGGUAUGGGAGCCCGGCAGAGACCCCCUAUGUCGCAUCCUACACAUUGGUCCCCGCAGUUCAGCACUUAA